AUGUCCUCUGGGGAUGAGUCGGCGCAGAGUCGGCGGUUCUCUGUGUUGUCUUGGGAGCAGGUGCAGAAGUUGGACUCUAUUCUCGGAGAGAGCGUCCCUAUUCACGGACGCGGAAACUUCCCGACGCUCUCUGUACAGCCUCGGCAGAUAGUCCAGGUGAGAUAACGGCUUUGUCUGGGGAGUUCUGGAGUGCAUGCAGCCCGAUAAUGGGAAACGAAACUUUUCUCAAGCCAAACUCAUCACAUAUAGCCAACUGUUAUUUUACAUCAUUUUAAAUAGUUCAAUAUUUCUUUAAUUCAGUCUCAUCAUAGAGUGCUUUAGUGAAUGAAUAGCCAACUCAGGAAUGUGCAUGAAAUAUAUUUUUUAAACAUGCACGCACGCUCGCACACUUUUACGCAGGUAGGCUACACACGCACACGCACACACAGUAAAUUGAAGUCGAAUUUGAUAAGUAGGCUAAGAAAAGUGUAAGGGAGGCAGUGUAUUUUGGGAGCAUUCCAAGGCUAAUCAUAUCAUCUUUGUGUAAUAUCAUAAUCUGAUCUAGACCAGUCUCAUUUCUCAGUACUGUGGCUGAGGAUAGAAAGGUCCAAUAAUCUUCUAUAUCAGGUCAGAUAAUAUCUGUGAAUAGGAUUCUGUGCCAGUCCUGUUGGCAUGCUCAUACACUGCAUUUUUGCAAUAGCCUACUCUGGGUAUUGGAAAUAUACUGGCGUGCCUUGGUAGCCUACAUUUGAAUAUCCACCCAUUGCAGUGAAUCAUGACUUGUGAAUCAUCAUGAGUGAAAAUAAUGUUAUUUACAUUCACUUUAACAGACAGGAGGAGAUCUCAAGGAGCAGAAGAUCUAAUGCUUUAACUGCCAUUUUCCACUUUCUCAUUCCAAUGCAUCUGUGACCAGUAAUUUAAUUGGUCAAGGAAACCGUACAACUUUUACCCAGAGAGGGAGAGACAGUAAUAUGCUUGUGAUCUGUAUUAAUAGAGCAGACCUAUGUGAAGGAUGUGUGCCGUAUCCAUGUUGUUCUUCAUAAAACACACCCUGGCUGGAAAAGUCUACAGUAGGCUCUGGCUGGCCAUCCAGCUCCAUGUCAUCAGUAGUAAGCAUUAGUGCAUAUCUCCAGUAACGUUUUCCCCUCCUCUCUCUCUCCCCUGCCUGGAAAACCAACUGAUCCAACCCAGGACCUAAAUAAAAAAUGUCUUCAUGCAGCCAGAAAUAUGUGUUCUUCGAGGUGUUCCACAGGGCUCUCAAUAUGGGGGUGUUUAUUGAAAAGCUGUCAUCUAGAUAACAUAUGUUUAUGGUUGCGGCCCCAUAUUGUUGUCUGUGUGUGUGUGUGAGCCGUGGGAGGUGUAAAAGAGAAGUCUCACUGUUGCUGAUUUAGUGCACACAGGAAGUCUCACACUUCAUUUAGUGCAGUGGAUUGUGGGUAGAUAAGCCAACAUUGGGUUGACAGUUCUGAGGAAGUAUAAAAUAGACCUACACACACACGCACACACACACACACCACAGGAGGUUGGUGGCACCUUAAUUGGGGAGGACGGGUUCGUGGUAAUGGCUGGUGCAGAAUAUAGUUGGAUGGAAUUUCCAUGUGUUUGAUGCCAUUCCAUUUGCUCCGUUCCGGACAUUAUUAUGAGCCGUCCUCCCCGCCGCAGCCUCCUGUGACACAUACACACUAGCCACUAGGCCUACCCAGUGGUGUUAUCCAGCUGAGAUUACAUAUCCAGACAUUUAAUGUUUAUUAGUGUGUCAGAUCAGAUAUUACAUUAUGUUAACAGUAGGGGGCUCCUGGAGGUGGUAGAGGUAGAGCUAUGGCGGCUAACCUGUUUUACUUGGCUUGGCCAGCCAAGGAAAGGGAACACACAUUUUCCAGGUUUGCUCAAAUCUAAUUCAGGGUGUAGAUUCUAGAAUAGAGUAGAAUACAAUAGAGACUGACUGAGUGCACAGUAGGGCAAAGCCUGAGGAAGAUCUGGUUUCCUUUUUGUUUGUUAUUUCUUCGUCCCUGCUCUUGUUUCACCAUUGUGAGCUUACUGGAAGUGAGCUCUUCUUUCCUGGGUGGUGGCGAUGGCUUCCAUUUCUGGGGCAGGAUGGGGAAACUGGAUUAGUUCGUUAGUCACUCCACUAACAGGGGCCUUAGUGGGUCAGGACAAGGUUUACAUGGUAUCACUGUGGUAAGAGUAGACCCAAAACACUCACACACCACAAUACUAGCCCAGUCACCUGGUUCUGUUGUGGGCCCUGCCAGAUUGUAAGCCAACUCCUCUGUCGGUCUAUUGUUGGUGAGACUCAACGAUACAAUGACACCACACGUCUCCACAGAUAGAGUAACAGGAAAGGAACAUAGUUUGGGCAUACACUACAGUGUAUAGCUCUGUUAGUCCUCUACAUAUAGGCGUGUGCUUUCCUGUUGCUGGCUUUCAAGGAGGCCAUUGCGGUGAAAGCCAGCUGAACUCAACAUUGGCUCAUAGAAUGAGGUGGUAUGCCUGACUUUAGUUAUUUCUUCAAAUCUCUCUCUCUCUCUCUCUCUCUCUCUCUCUCUCUCUCUCUCUCUCUCUCUCUCUCUCUCUCUCUCUCUCUCUCUCUCUCUCUCUCUCUCUCUCUCUCUCUCUCUCUCUCUCUCUCUCUCUCUCUCUCUCUCUCUCUCUCUCUCUCUCUCUCUUUAGUGUAAAAUCUCUUUUAAUGAAGUCGUUUUAGAAUCUGGAUGUGAAAGUUCACCUCAUAAAGGUAGAAUAAAUGCUUUAUAACCAAUCUAGUUUUAUGAAUAAAUACUGUAUCAUCGGUCUAGUUCUAUGAUAAUAAAUAAUGUAUCACCAGUUUAGUUUUAUGAUAAUAAAUACUGUAUACCAGUCUAGUUUUAUAAAUGAAUGCUGUACUACCACUAGUCCAGCUUAAUAGCUGGUUCAGGUGCCGUGACCACCCACAGCAAGGCAACUCAUUCACCUCUGAGGAAAAACCCAUAAUCUGUUCCUGCUAGCCUACUGACAGUACACUGAGUAUAAUAUGACUGGGGUGUCUUUGCUUGCCUUCUGGUCUGACUGGACCGGAUGCAAGGGUCAUAGACUACUGAACAUUUCAUUCAUUUACUGAUGCCAUUUACUUGGCUUGGCUGGGUCUUUCUGUGACUCUCUGUCUGGGCCAGGCAGUGCUCUAACUGGUGUCUAGGGGACCAUGGGGUUUAGCUGGCUAACAGCUUUCUGAGUCUGUUUUCUCACUGAAUCAUAAAGCACAUUCAGGCUGCAGUCAGACUGAAGUUGAGUUCCAAAUGGCAGCCUAUUCCCUAUAUAGUGCACUACAUAGGGAAUAGGGUGCUAUUUAGGAUACACCCAGACUGAGGUAAAUUAAAUACUAGAGGAAACCCACCAGACUGGAGUAGGAAUGCAAAGAGACUGUACAUAACGUGUCGCCAAGACAUUGUCAACACCACACCGUCUGGUCAGUUUGUGGCUUUUUUAUAAGUCUCCUGCUUCUCCUGGUCGACGUUGAGAGGAAGUGUCCCCCCUUAGCUCAACUUCACCCGGUGUUUGUUGCGUAACGUGGGAAUGGAAUGGAAUGGCUUGCUUUUGGAGAGGAGGUAGAAGAAAGGGGGUUACUUAUUUUGGGAGGCCCUUUUGUGUUAUAAGACAUUAUAAGGGGGUCAUACAUGCUUAAUGCAAGUCUUACAAGUCAUCAUAACCACAUAAUGCAUUAUACCUGGAGGUAUUCAGGUUGACCUAUUCCAUUCAGUUAGACCUACUUGUCCUUGGACUCAGUAACAUAUCACACAGCCCAUAUUAUGGGAAACUACUUCCUCCUCAUCGUUUUUGUCAGGCUAGCAGUAUAUAUAACUAUCUUAAUGGUGUCAUCAGGUUGAUACCUGAUACCCAACCCUAUGUUUGGUAAGGCAGUUAGGACUGUUUAUUAUAAUGAAUACUGCUUUUAGCUUAGUUAAACCUAAUUCCAAUAGACAUACAUAUACAUCUGUGUUCAUUGAACCAUACAUUCCAGUAUAUAUGCAUAAUUGAUUAUUCCAUGAGGACUCUGGGAAAUGGUUCAUAUAUAUUCUGGUGUUUGUUUCCACAGAAAGAAGGAAGAAGCCUUUUUAAUAUUCUGGAUGUUUUUAUUAGUGACCAUCUGUCCAGAAGUUGGUUACCAAUAGAAACAGAUUGCUUUCCUCACUGGAACACAGCACAUAUGAGCACAGCAGGGCUCCAUAAACUGCUUUUAUUGGAAAAUCAAUUCUCUGUUAUUUCCGCCCCUAAACCGGAUUGGCUUUGAAACUCAACAUUCUUUAUUUCUUGACCUUUAGUUUACGUUUUGAACCUUUUCCUCAAUAGACCUUUCAUGGUGGUGUCAUUUUUCAUUGUGAGUAGCACUACCCCUUCCCUUGGGAUCCUGCCACGGUAGCUGUAUACCAUGUUAAUAUUCUUCAAUCACACAGUGACACAGUGUGUUUCUGGCUCUGGGUAAAGGAGGUUACAAUUAAGGCCAGGAAGGAUUGUGCAAGAGUUUGGGCAGAGAGGGACCCCAACACACAUAUUAUGCAUGUCUCAAUUUGUCUGUUUUUUGGUCUGUCUUUGUUUUUAGGUUGGUAAAACCUAAAUUCAUGAAUGGGGAUCUAGCUAUGUUAAGUCAGAGACUUGGCAGGACUCUCCUUUCCUGGCAUAGUGAUGAAGCCAACAUAACCUAAUUUCUCUGGCACGGCUUUGUGUAUGUGUGCGUGUGCGUGUGUUCCGAAACAAACGUACAGGCUCCCCACUUGGCACAGACGUCAAUUCAACAUCUAUUCCACGUUGGUUCAACGGAAUUUCAUUGAAAUGACGUGGAAACAACGUUGAUUCAACCAGUGUGGUUCAGGAAGCAUAGUAUAGCCAGCAUUCCUAUCCUGAGCUGGUUAAAACCAUAUUUCAUUGUGUGUGGUGACUGAUACAGAUAUCCACUUUGUAAUGAAAUGUUGGCACUGUAGCAAAGUUGUGGACAACAUCUGCAUGAAAGAGGUAUUUUGAUAGUAACGAGAGUGGAUAGCUGAUGUUGUAAUGUCUAUCUUAUGCUUAACUUGUGAACUUGAUCCGACCUGGAAAGGGAAAUAGAUGUUAUGUGAUUGUGUAAGUAUACAGACUAGAUACCUGGUUGAAUACUUGGAUCAGUGUCUGGGUAAAGAGACCAAGUGUGUGUACUUGGUAACCCUGGUCAUGCCUGUUAAGGAUUGUCCCAGUUCCUUGUUUUCCUCUUUGGAGUGAUGUAACAGUCAGUCUCAGCUGCCUUUCCUUUAGUUCAGCAGCUUCCCUUAACUUCAGGAUCCACCCCAGACGGUUAUGUUCUGUGACCCAAUAAGCUCAUGAACCAUAUCUUUACCAAGUACAGUAUGCUGUUUAUAUGACGACAUAGGAAAAAAAUGUUUUCAGUAUGGCACAAUCAUACCAGAGUUUAUAAGUUCACAACCCAACCCCAUUUGUCUACGUCUCACAGAUUUGUAAUGUUUCUUCAAAUCAAAUCUAAUCUAAUCUAAUGUAAUGGUCACAUACACAUGGUUAGCAGAUGUUAUUGUGAGUGUAGCAAAAUGCUUGUGCUUCUAGUUCCGACAGUGCAGCAAUAUCUAGCAGGUAAUAUCUAACAGUUCCACAACAAAAACCUAAUACACACAAAUCUAAGUAAAGGAAUGGAAUAAGAAUAUAUAAAUAUAUGGAUGAGCAACGUCAUUGUCAGAGUGGCAUAGGCUAAGAUGCAAUAGAUAGUAUAGAAUACAGUAUAUACAUAUGAGAUGGGUAAUGGGUAAUUCAGGUCAGCUGGAGUUCCUCCAAAAGUUAGAGACAUAAGACAAGCACUAGCUUGCUGUGUUCCACAGAAAAAUCUCUGAUUCUCCAUGCAUUACUAAGGGGACUGUAGGCAUAACCUUUGUUCAUACAGCUGAGCUAACUCUGUAUUGUUGGCUUUUUACAAGAGAGACUAUAUGUAGGACAAGAGCCUAUAAAUUAGCUGGCAAACAUAGGGGAUAUUAUUGUCCAAUCAGAGGCUGUUCAUUUCUUCAGUGUCACAUCUCUCUGCGUGAGAGAAAGAGACAUUUGUCUUUUUUUAAUGGCAAUAAGGAGUAUAUGAACAAAUUAAAAGGCUGUGUAUUGCAAAAACAGAAACUGUUCUCACAAUGUUUUGAUAAUUAAUGAUUACAUUUGUUUUUCCAUGUUGUUGCUUGUCAUUAUUUGGGCCGUUCCACUAAUUCAGUGCCUUUUGAUAAGUGUAACUUGAUUUCACCUAAUUUUAACAUUCUGUCAUAAAGAGCACAUGUUCAACUUAGUAAAACGCAUGUUUUCCCAUCUCAAGAGGUUAAAUAAAAAAAUUACUAUAGCAAAGUGACAGGGUUGACCGUAACAGGGGUUGACAAUUUCAUCUUAAAUCAGCCAUAAAUGAAUGGAGGUUUGUUGUGUGCAACAGGAAGUGGCAAAUUGAAUGCAAAAUGAAUUGCUAAAACAUUUCUAUCCCGUCUAUCUAUAGGUAACAGGGUUGACGUGUUACGCUCGACCCGCUCAGUUUUCCACCACAAAACACUAGAAAAUGGCCCAAAAUGUAGAACCAGCUCACAUGUUUUUACACUAUGAUUAAAGGGAACUUCAUUUAAUAUAACAGGCUUUUAAAAUUCAAUAUUGGUGCACAAUUUCUAAUUAAAAUAUCAAAGGAACGCAAAAGGAAGUAUUUUCGUGGAACGACCCAUUUACUGCUUGGUUCCUCUUUACGUCCCCCUGAGUCGCUCUCUAUUCUCAUCCACACAACAAAUUAUUGGAUGCUAGUAUUUUUUCUUUACUGUUACGAACAUUAGCUGAAAGCUAGGUGAACCAUUACUUGAUUGAAAUGUAAAUAUUACCAUUUCAAAAGAAGAGGCAGUAACCAUGAAAGCUACGUUUCAACUUGCAGUGGCAUGUAUUUUCAGUGCAUUGCAUGCAUUUUCAGUGCAUCGUUCUUUGAAUGAAUCACCCUAGAUUGUAUGGAUAUCUCUCUCUUAGAUCACUAACAUAUCUCGGCCGCAUAUCACUCAUAGAUAUCGCUCUAUCACACAGGUGUCAAACUCAUUCCAUGGAGCGUCGAGUGUCUGCAGGUUUUCACUCCACCCUUGUACUUGAUUGAUCAGUUAAGGUCACUAAUUAGGUAGGAACUCCCCUCACCUGGUUGUCUAGGUCUUAAUUGAAAGAAAAAAAGAAAUCAGCAGACAGUUGGCCCUCCAUGGAAUGAGUUUGACACCCCCUUUCAGAUCACUUGAAAGCAAAAAAUAUAUAUACAUAUUUGAUCAGAAAAGAAAAUGGACAAUAAAGUGUCCUUCUAACAAUAUCUCUCAGAUCCCUCACCCAUGUCUCUCUCUUUCCUGUGCAGGUGGUUCGGGCACGUCUGCACGAGCGUGGUGUGGUGGUCCGGGAUGUGAAGCUGAACGGUUCAGCAGCCAGCUAUGUGCUCCACCAGGACACCGGCCUGGGCUACAAGGACCUGGACCUCAUUUUCGGCCUGAACCUGACCGAUGACAAGACCUUCCGUGUGGUCAAAGACGUGGUCCUGGACAGCCUGGUGGACUUCCUACCUCCGGGGCUCAGCCGUGUCUCGUCCAUCACCCUCAAAGAGGCCUAUGUCCAGAAGCUGGUGAAGGUGUGCAACGACACAGACCGCUGGAGCCUGAUCUCCCUCUCCAACAACACGGGGAAGAACGUGGAGCUGAAGUUUGUGGACUCCCUGCGGAGGCAGUUUGAGUUCAGCGUGGACUCGUUCCAGAUCGGCCUGGACUCACUGCUGCUGUUCGACCGCUGCUCAGAGACGGCCAUGUCCAUGUCUGAGAGUUUCCACCCCACCGUGGUCGGAGAGAGCAUGUACGGGGACUUCCAGGAGGCCCUGGGACACCUCCGCACCAGGACCAUCGCCACGCGCAGCCCCGAGGAGAUCCGGGGAGGAGGACUGCUGAAGUACUGCCACCUGCUAGUACGGGGGUUUAAACCGGACUCAGAGGCUCAGAUGAAGCUGCUGCAACGCUACAUGUGCUCUCGCUUCUUCAUCGACUUCCCAGACAUCGGCGAGCAGCAGCGUAAGCUAGAGGCGUAUCUCCAGAACCACUUCAACGGCAUGGAGGACAAGCGCUACGACUGCCUGGUGACGCUGCGGCAUGUGGUGGACGAGAGCACCGUGUGCCUGAUGGGCCACGAGCGCCGCCAGACGCUGGCACUGAUCUCGGCGCUGGCGCUACGGGCCAUGGCGGAGCAGAACGCCAUCCCGGCCCUGGCUAACAUCACCUGUUACUACCAGCCGGCGCCUUACGUCAGGGACGUCAACUUCAGUAACUACUACAUAGCGCGGGUCCAGUCGCCCAUGAGUAACUCCUAUAGUAGCUCUUACCACAGAACAUGGCUGCCUUGCAGCUGA